ACGUGGUUUCCGGGGUUUGUUUACGACGUGAAUUUGGUGGGUAGCCUUCUUUGGUAGCUGGCUGCGCUGAAGUCGAUCACGGUCUAGUCGAGGGAACAUAAGGCGAACAUGUAUGACGGUCAAGAAAUGGCGGCGCAGAAAAAGGGGCGAGCGGCAGUGCUGCAGGAAUCCGACAGCGGCAUAGGUGUGUGUGGCUGGCUGCUGGUGCUGUUCUCCAUCCUGUUAACCUUGCUGACCCUGCCUAUCUCCAUAUGGAUGUGCAUCAAGAUCGUGAAGGAGUACGAACGUGCCAUCAUCUUCCGUCUGGGCCGGAUUGUCCGUGGUGCCGCCAAAGGACCAGGUCUGUUCUUCAUCCUGCCCUGCACUGACAGCCUCAUCAAUGUGGACAUGCGCACCAUCACUUUUGAUAUCCCCCCACAGGAGGUGUUGACGAAGGACUCGGUGACAGUGAGCGUAGACGGGGUGGUGUACUACCGGGUGCAGAACGCCACCCUUGCUGUGGCCAACAUCACCAACGCGGAUGCCGCCACCCGCCUAUUGGCUCAGACCACCCUGCGCAACGUCCUGGGCACCAAGAACCUGUCAGAGAUCCUGUCAGACCGGGAGGAGAUCGCUCACAGCAUGCAGUCCACUUUAGAUGAAGCCACGGAUGACUGGGGCAUCAAGGUAGAGCGAGUGGAGAUCAAAGAUGUCAAGCUGCCCCAUCAGCUGCAGAGGGCCAUGGCCGCUGAGGCAGAGGCAACGCGGGAGGCACGAGCCAAGGUGAUCGCGGCAGAGGGGGAGAUGAAUGCCUCCCGCGCCCUGAAGGAAGCCUCCCUGGUCAUCGCAGAGUCGCCCUCGGCCCUACAGCUGCGUUACCUGCAGACGCUGAACACCAUCGCCGCCGAAAAGAACUCCACCAUCAUCUUCCCCCUACCCAUUGAGAUGAUGCAGAGUUUUGUGAAGCGCUAAGUGGUCAGUCCUUAUGGUGUCAGCCAUUACAAAUGCAGGCUGGUAUGUCUGAAGAUGUGCGUCGAACUGUUCUGGUUGCUAAGGGCUGUGGAGUUUAGGGAAAUUGUAUCAUGCAUGUCUUUUAGUGUUUAUGAAGUGGUAUACGCACAGCCAUAUCUUAUAUACCUGUAGAUAUACCUUUUUUUGCUUUUGGUGUAGAUAUCAAUUGCAUUAUUUUUAAAUUCCACUUUAUGUUUUUUUUUUUUCCGAUACACUUUUAUAACUGAACCACCUUCAAUAAACAUUUUAAGCAGA